AUGAGUUACCCAAAACUCAUUAGUAAAUUAUACACACCAAAAAUAUUUUGGUAUCAAACUGAUAUUACAGUUAUCGUACGUAUUUUAUUGGAAGAUGUUGAUAAAUAUUUUCUACGUGUCGUAUGUGAUCAUUUAUCAUUUAGUACUACAGUAAAUGAAAGAGGUUAUUACGUUUCCUUGUACCUUUUUGGGACGGUAGUGGCUGAAAAAACAGUUCAUGUAAAUUUAGGGAGAGAGAUAAAAGUUACUCUAGUAAAGGCACAUAAAUGGACAGAAUGGCUAAGAUUACAUAUUGAAAAGGAAAAAAAUCCUUUAAUAGUACGAGAUCCAGAUCAUUUGGACAAAAAUGAUUGGUUUAAGGUAUCUCCAAAAAUAGAGAAAGAAAGUUUUGCAGAAUAUAAACGUAGAAAUAAUAUAUCACAAAUAAUGCCAGAUGUACCAUCUACCGAUGAGGAAGUGUCUGAUGAUGACGCAAUGGACAUGUUAUUUCUUUGA